GCACUUCUUGUUUGUUGCCCAGUUGCAUCUGGUCGCACUGGUCGCAGUCUUGUACGAUGCGUUAGACACUCCGCGUCUCGAGUUUUGUUGUUUAUUUAUUUUGUUUUAAGUGUGUAGAUAAUUUUGUAGCCGACGCUUCAUCUGUUUUUCAAGGUUAUAAUUUUAGCGACGCUUUAUUUUGCAAAAAGGAAUCAGACAUGCAGAACGAGGGUGAUAUUAAAAUGGAAGUAACUCCGAAGAAGAUCGUCGAGCCGCUGCUGACGAUCCCGAAGCCUCGACCUCAGAUUCAUCAGCAGCUGCAGCAACAGCAGCAGAAUAACCAUCAGCAACAGCAGAUUCAUUAUCUUCAGCAGUCGCCGAAAAGCUCGAACGGCACCACCAAUAUGAUUCACGGAACGUCCAAGUACAAUGAGUUGCUAUACGUAAUCGGCGAACUAGGACAGCACAUUCGACCGAGCUACACCGGUCACCGGGGUUCGUCCGAGAAAAUCCGUCAUGGUAUCAUCAAGGCUCGUGCUCUAGUCAGAGAAUGCUUAAUCGAGACUGAGAAAAGCGCCCGUCAAUGAAGCUGGCUUAAUGUAUCUUUAAUUUAAUUUAUUAAUAGUAUACGAGUUUAUCUUUUUAAGAGUCGAACGAUGCAAAUCAGCCAAAAACUACCUCAUCAAAUGCAACGUCCCCUGCAGUUGCAUUACUUAUACAAUCUAGUUCAAUACAGCUUAAAACUUACCUAAGAGUUGUUAUAGUCUGGAAUUAUGCUAAGGACAGUGUUCAUUUUUAAAUCUAUAUUACAAAGUAUUUUUGUAAGAUGACUAAUUGUAAGAUGCAUUAAAAUGUUAGAUUGCCUAUCAGUAUGUGAUAUACUACAAUGAAUGAAAUGUCAUAAUUAAAAAAAAAACAAGAUCACCAAAGUAUACAGCUAAAAAAGAGGACAAGAGUACUUGGUUUACUGCGUGAAUGUAAUGCAGCUUUACUUACUCUGCAGACUUAACUGAUUCUUUAUUCUUUUAGUUUGUUCUUUUAAUGGGCAUAUGGCUAUUUUGAGAUUUUUUAAUCUGAAUGAAUGAGAAUAGUCUUUUAAACUUUUUUACUUAAAUAUUUGUUCAGCAACACUGAAAUGAAUAUAAAGUACAUUUAAAUUUGUACAUGUUUGUAUUAUAUAAGCAAAGAAUGUAUAUACUAUAAAUCUUUGAAAAUGAUAAUAGUUCACUGGCAAUGUGAUAUAGCAAUUGUUCUAACUGUUAAAAUGCCUAAUACAAAGAUUGAAAAAGCCAAUGUUUAUGAUAACUUAAGUAACAUACCAAUUGUGCUUGCCAUUAGCAUUUACCUUAUACAUUGAAUUAUGUCAUUAAAGUCGAUAUGUAUAUACACAUAUAACAUUAUCCCACAAUUUUAAUAAUAAACUUUGAAACUUUGAUCCCAAA